GUGCCUAUUGGAGCAAUCAUAGAGCAACGUGUCUCUGUCAUGGCAGCUACUCCAGGUGGCAGUUUCCUGAGCACUGUCUCCAGUUGAUCACAGCAGGGAGAACCAGUGCCUCAUCUUCCUCACCCGGACGGGGGAAAUGCUGUGACAGAUGUAUUUAAAGAGACCUGCAGCUGGUCUCUCCUUCUGUCUCUUCUAUUUGGCUUCUUAUUUCACCAACAAGUAUGUCCUGUCUGUCCUGAAAUUCACCUACCCUACCCUUUUUCAAGGGUGGCAGACAUUAGUUGGUGGAUUUCUACUCCACGUCUCCUGGAAGCUGGGCUGGGUGGAGAUCAGUUGCAGUUCAAGAUCUGAAGUACUGACAUGGCUCCCGGCUUCAGCGCUUUUUGUGGGCAUUAUCUAUGCAGGUUCCAGGGCAUUAUCUAGAUUGCCAAUUCCUGUGUUCCUUACUGUCCACAAUGCAGCAGAAGUUAUAACCUGUGGAUUCCAGAAGUUUGUGCAGAAAGAGACCUCUCUCCUAAAAAUCUGUAGUGUGCUAUUCCUCCUGAUCGCAGCAGGGUGCCUUCCUUUGUUUGACAUGCAGUUUGAUCCAGAUGGCUAUUUCUGGGCUCUAAUUCACUUGAUCUGUGUUGGGGUUUACAAAGUCAUUCACAAGUUGUGGAAAACUAGUUCCUUAAGUGAUUUAGACCAACAAUAUAUAAACUAUGUAUUCAGUGUGGUGCUUUUGGCCUCUGCAUCCCAUCCAGCAGGUGAUCUCUUCAGUGCCUUGGACUUUCCAUUUCUGUAUUUCUACAGAUUUCACAGCAGCUGCUGUGCCAGUGGACUGUUGGGAUUCUUUCUGAUGUUGCACACAGUGAAGCUAAAAAGCAUCACAUCCUCAUGGCAAUAUGCAGCCUGGAGUUUCCUUGCAAAGGUUACCACAGCUGGUUUAUCACCAUUUGUCUUUGGCAUGACUGUUAAUGUACCAACAGUUUGUUGCAGUAUCACCAGAAGGGGAGGAAAUCAUUCCAGUCUUCUUGGCAGUUUGGUGUUGGCAAUUCAACAAGGGAGUCCUGGUUGCUGCUUCCUGCAUAUCACUGAGUUGCUGCAGGGAAGCUGUCAGAUUCAGACCAAGAGGGGAGCUGCUCCACAGUAUAUAAGAGUUGGAGAAACAACAUGUUAUACUCCUGAGGGCAUUCUGCACCAAAACAUUUAAAAUUCUGCACACAAUAUUUUAAAUUUCUGCAAGUUUUAUUUGUCAAUAAAUAAAUGCAGAGGCUCCAGCAUGGCAGUGGGGAGCACAGGCCACUGGCUGCACAAAGGUGGGAGAUCACCUUGCAGCCCCCACACUCUCGGGACCCUAACUAAGCAGUGAUGCUGCACCCGACCCUGACACAGCACAAGGCCUGGGUUUGCCCCAGAAACACCCUGGGGCCCUGCCCCUCUGUGCCAGGCACAGCAGGUGUGGGUCAGGCAGGCUCAACCAGGCAGGAUCCACAGCAGCCUCGGAUGGCCGUGAGAUGCAGUUACAGCUCGUUCCUACAGUGCAGCUGAAUGUGUGCAGAUUCAACUGAGCUAUGGAAACACAUGACACUUGGCAGCCUUGUGUAGAUAUAGGGCCAGAUCUAAAGCCCAUUGAACUCAAUGGUAGUCUUUGGAUCAGGCCUCAUACAUUUUUCACUUCACAUUAUCCACUUUGCCACAAGAGUUUAAGGAUUUAUGGACUUCGGGGAUAUGAAUACAAGAUAUACUAUAGGUCACAUGGGUGAAAUAAGGCUAUGUCUAGACUCUACACUACGAGCUAAGGGUGUGAUUCCCUGCUUGCAUAGACAUACUUGUGCUAGCUCUCAUCUGAACUAGCAUGCUAAAAAUAGC